CAAUAACUUACAGUUUAGAUUAUUUUUUGUUUGUACAGAUAAGUUAAACGACUAAAUAAUAAAUGGAAUAAUAUUUCAGUGUACAUCGUUUCGGCGAGACCGCAGGCAGAUGUUGGUAUUGAAACCUCCAGGUUUGCUAACAUUCUUGAUGGAGAAGGAUUCAUGCACCUCGUAGAUCUUGAGACUGAACCCGAUUAUAAAGUUCUAGCGGACAUUCAAAGGAAUCCGGCUAACAAUCAGUACAUUUUAUUCACUAGACAGAAUCCAGAAAAUGGCCAGUCCCUGGUUAUGAAUGAUGCCGAGUCAAUUCGAAAUUCAUUUUACAACCCCCGCGUGCCCACCGUAGUAGUUACCCAUGGCUGGCUUAGCGGCCAGAACACCAACAUCAACCCUACUAUCAGAGAUGCUUACCUUGAAACAAGUGAUGUCAACGUCAUUAUUCUUGACUGGCGAAGACUGGCCAUCUCUAACUACGUAACAGCAGUACGCGGUGUCCCAGGCGUUGGCCGUGGUCUAGGACAGUUCAUCAAAUUCUUGAUUGAAACCACUGGAGCUGAUAUAAACGAAUUCCAUUUAAUUGGAUUCAGUCUUGGUGCUCAUGUGGUUGGCAACGCCGGUAGAGAACUAGAAGGCAAAGUAGCUCGCAUUACUGGUUUGGAUCCGGGUGGUCUUCUAUGGAACGAUAACGACGAGCGUCUGGAUCCUACUGACGGUGUUUAUGUCGAAGCCAUAUACACAGCAAGAAAUGCUACUGGUCUCCGGAUCGGUGUAGUCGUUGGUGAUGCGGAAUUUUUCCCCAACGGUGGCUUCAGCCAGCCUGGCUGUUCAAAUCCUCUAUGUAACCACAAUCGCGCAUAUGAGCUCUUCUCAUCCACAAUUAAACGCAACCAUCUAGUUGGAAAUUUAUGCGAAAGCUAUUUAGAACUUACAUUGAAUGCCUGCCAUGGCAGACCAAUGCAUAUGGGCAAUGAUGAUUUAAGGAAAACCGGUUAUGGCAUGUACCGAUUAAACACUGGCGAGCGAUAUCCUUUCUGAUUAAAUAAUAAGGUUGAUAUGUAAAACAGUUCAAUUUAUUUAUUUUUACUUUAUUAAAAUUGCUUUUGUAUUUUAUGGUUUAUUUUUAUCUAUGUCCUUGAUUU